AUGGACAAUAGCAUAACCAGACAAAACAUGAAUGGUUCUGCUAAUUGGUCCGAAAGAUCAUCAUCAGCAUCUCUUGAAGAUCUUGAGAUCCCACCAAAAUUCAGAUCUUUUACUCCUUCUUCAAUCUCAAUCUCUCCUUCUCUUGUCUCUCCUUCCACUUGUUUCAGUCCCUCUGUUUUUCUUGAUUCCCCUGCUUUUGUUGCCUCCUCUGCUAACGUUCUUGCUUCUCCAACCACAGGAGCUCUUAACACAUACGAAAGUAAUCAGAAAACUAUAACCAAUGAAGAGAAGACGAACAAGAACAACUUUAGCUUCUUUGAUUUCUCAUUCCAAACACAAUCAUCAGGAGUUUCUGCUCCGACAACAACAACAACAAACAGUUCUGUCUUUCAAUCACAGGAACAAGAGAGGAAGAACCAGUCAGAUCAAUGGAACCAAACCGAGACUCGUCCAAACAACAACACUCAUCAUGAAGCUGUAUCUUACAGUGGAAGAGAGCAAAGGAAAGGAGAAGAUGGUUACAACUGGAGAAAGUACGGACAGAAACAAGUGAAAGGGAGCGAGAAUCCUCGGAGUUACUAUAAGUGUAGUUUCCCAAACUGUCCAACGAAGAAGAAAGUGGAGACAUCUUUAGAAGGUCAGAUCACUGAGAUUGUCUAUAAAGGAAGCCAUAACCAUCCUAAGCCUCAGUCCACUAGAAGAUCAUCAUCUUCUUCUUCGUCGACGUUUCAUUCAUCUGUGUCUGAUCAUCAUGAUUCCUUUGUGAUCCAACAAGAUGAUAAUAAUACUACUUCUGGUUCUCUUGGAGACGAUGAGUUUGAGAGAGGCUCAUCGGUUAUGAGCAGAGGAGAAGAAGAAGUUUGUGGGAGUGAACCUGAAGCAAAGAGAUGGAAAGGAGAAAGCGAAACUAACGGUGGGAAUAGUAACGGAAGCAAGACAACGAGAGAGCCGAGGAUUGUUGUUCAGACAACUAGUGAUAUUGACAUUCUUGACGAUGGUUAUAGAUGGAGAAAGUAUGGACAAAAAGUCGUUAAAGGAAACCCUAAUCCAAGGAGCUACUACAAGUGCACAACCAAUGGUUGUCCAGUGAGAAAACAUGUUGAGAGAGCAUCACACGAUAUGAGAGCUGUAAUCACAACCUACGAAGGGAAGCACAACCACGACGUACCUGCAGCUCGUGGUAGCGGUUAUGCCACAAACAGACCGGCACAAGAUCCUUCUUCAGCACCAAUUAGACCAAAUGCUAUUGCUGGUCAUUCUGGUUACACUACUUCUUCUCAAGCUCCGUAUACACUUCAAAUGUUGCACAACAACAACAACACUAGUGCCGGGUCUUUUGGUUACCCUAUGAACAACAAUAAUAACAGCAACCUUCAAAUGCAACAAAACAACUUUCUUGGUGGUGGGUUCUCUAGAGCAAAAGAAGAACCAAACGAUGAUGAGUCCUCUUCGUUCUUUGAUUCGUUUUUGUCUUGAAGAUAUGAAAAUUCGUUUUUCAGUUUGUACAUUUCUGCUACAAAAAGGGUUUAACUACUUACUAGUGAUCCAUACUAAGACUAUAGUCUAUAUAGUCCAUAGAGAAAAUUAUUUCAUUUGUUUUUUUUCCUGGCUCAUGUGAGAGCUUUCACACGCCUGUAAUGUAAUAAUAUAUUUAGUUCUUUUGUACCAUACAAGUAGAAAAAUGGAAUAAAGCCAAUCAAUUUUUCAAAUUU